AUGUUGAUCUUAGAACGUAUUCGAACUAUAGCUAUAUUAUGUUUAUCUGUAUUUGGAUGUACAGGAAAUCUUUUAACAUUAAUUAUUGUUAAUCAACGUUUUUUUCGUAAAACUCCAUCAGCUGCAUUUAUUUCUGGAUUAUGUAUUGCUGAUUGUUGUGUACUUUGUUUACAGAGUCUACAAAUUUUUACUAAACUUCGCCCACAAGUAACAUCUUAUGAUUGUAUUGUUUUCUUUUUUAUGGAUGUAUUUCGUCUUUUAUCUGUAUGGAUUGUAUGUUUUAUAAAUAUUGAACGUUGUUCUCUUGUGUUUAAUCCAUGUCAUAUGCCACGUUUAACAAGUCAAAUUAAAUCACGUUUAUUUGUUAUUAUAUUAUUUAUGAUAUCAUUAAUUAUAUUUAGUCAUUAUACACAUCAUAUGCAUAUUGUAUAUGUUAAUGGAACAAAUCAAACAAAUCCUGUUCGUUCAUUUUGUGCAUUUAAACAAGAUUUUCAUCGUUUAGCAUGGGAAACUAUACGAUCAGUUUUAACAUAUUGGUUAAUUGUUCCAAUUUGUAUUAUAUGUAAUAUUAUUAUUAUAAAACGUCUUCAUCAAGCAUCACGUAUUGAACGUACAUUAAGUCCUGAUUCGAAAAUUAAAUUAGAUUUAUCAAGUAAACAACGUCAAUUAACUGCAAUGCUUGUUGCAUCAUCUAUUUUUUUUGUUAUAACAGCAACACCUUCAACAAUACAUGCCAUUUAUUUAUUAAUAUCAAGUAAUCUUAGUAGUCGUCAAUAUGUUAUACAUAUAAUUACCAAUAUUCUUCUUCAUUUUCAUCAUGCAUCAAAUUUCUUAGCAUUUAUUUUUGCAUGUACACGUUUUCGUAUUGAAUUAAUUAAAUUAUUUCGUAACUAUUUUUGUUGUAAAAUAUAUACAAAUUGGUAUAAACGUUCAACACAAAAUACUGAACAAAUUGUUUUUUAUUCAACAAAAAAUCAACGAACACCAGUUAAAUUAUUAGCACCAAAAACAAAUACUCAACGACGAAAUAAUCAAAAUGGAAUUGUUAUACUUGGAACAAAUAAUUAUCAUAAAAGACAUGCAAGAAGUUAUGGACAGUACAUGCAGCCUUAUCACAGAUAG